CAUACGUUACUGCACUGAGGCGCGUGGUCAGUAAUGAAGACUCGCUGCUUUGAAGAGAAGGUUAGCUAGCAGCGCUUUCUUCAGCACUUACAGGGACCAUGCAUGAGCGGACUGUGACUCAGACCUCUGUGACAGUGAUGAAUGGAAACGUGAAUCUGACCUGUACCACCCCGUACAAUGAGGACCGUAUUCCUCUGGUGGUGCUGUAUAGUGUGGUGCUGAUCGUGGGCCUGCCUGCCAACCUGGCCACCAUGUACCUCACCUAUCUCCAGGUGCGGCGUAAGAAUGUGCUUGGUAUCUACUUGCUGAGCCUGUCCAUCUGCGACUUCACAUACCUACUGACGCUUCCCACAUGGGCCAUCUAUGUCAACGGGGGGCACCGCUGGCCCUGGAGCUCACUGGCAUGUCAGGUGACUGGCUACGUAUUCUUUACCAACAUGUACAUCAGCAUCUUCCUGCUCUGCUGUGUCUCCAUCGACCGUUACGUGGCGGUGGUCUACGCUGUGGAGUCACGGGGGCUCCGGCACCAGAGACUCGCCACUUUGGUUACUUUGACAAUCUGUGUGGUUGUAGGCCUAGGCCAUGCUCCUGUUUUUAACAUGCCUGAGGGCAAUGCUGCCAUAGGAGAGCGUCACUGCUUUGAGCCAAGCCAAAGCACAGCCACCAUCACAGGCUUCAACUAUGCCCGCUUCUGCCUGGGCUUCUUUGCCCCACUUGCUGUGCUGAUCUUCACUAACCGGGCCAUCCUUGCCAACGUGCGGGCCAGCACUGGUCUACGACCCUGCCAGAAGGACAAGGUGCGCCUCCUGGCUGUAGCCGUGGUGUUGCUGUUCAUGGUCUGUUUUGGUCCAUACCACAUCAUCCUGCUAAUGCGUGCAAUUACCUACCACUUCCCCCACCUGCAGGAGGACUGCCACUUUGAGCGGUGCGUCUACACGCCCUACACCAUCUCGCUGGGCCUGUCCACCAUCAACAGCGCCAUUAACCCUAUCCUGUAUGUGCUGUCCAGCGACAAUAUCCAUAAGGAGAUCCGGAGCUGCGUGGCUGGGUUUUGGACUCGCACUGCACUCCGCCAGCGCUCCACAGAGAGCAGCCAGCACAAGAUGCAAAACUCCAAAAACUCUUCAGACAUGCUUCCUAUACAGGACCAGGACAAGACGAGGACUCCUACACCAUGCUAGUUUUGCAAGCAUUAAUGACAGUAUUUCACGGCACGUCAAAACAUGCCUGUGUUGGAGCUGACAGGAAAGAUGAUGAAAAUGGAAAAAAUACCAAAAAGUCAAGCUUUUGCUUCAGAAGAAAUUCUGCCUGGAAGUGAGUCAGAUGAUGAGUGGACAGUAUUACUGCAAUAUUUGGACAAUAUAAGGACAAUUA